AUGUAUCAGAACCGAUUGACGAAUGCCGAUGUUCGAGGAGACAGUACCGAGAAGAAAGAGAAGAAAAAGAAGAAGAAGAAGUCCAAGAAAGAGAAGAAAGCCAAGACGCCAGAUGGAGAAGUGAUAGAUUUGGACAGCAGCAAGGAAGAUGAUGAGAAGAGCAAGGAGAAGAAGCAUAAGAAGAAGAAAAAGAAGGGAAAAAAGCACCACCAUCAUCACCACCACCGUGAGCAGGAUGGAGACGAAUCUGUGAGCACCUCUGGGCUACUCCAAUGUGAUCCGGAGGAUGAUGACGAGUCGCGACCUGCGGAUCCUUUCAACCCUCUGAAUGAGGCCUACGACGUUGGAAAGUAUGAGGAACUCCAGCACCGGCAUAAGCGAAGGCGUACGCAUGGACGGCGAUGGGAUCAUGACUGGUAUCGUCAACGAUCACCGUCACCGAUACGAGAGAGGGAGUGUGUUUGGCUCCCACAGAAGAAGAUCAAGAGGAAGAGCCAGCACGGUAUAAGAUACCGUUGA